ACUAAGGUACCUUGUGAUGAGACUGUGAACGCUUUAUUUUGAAAGGGGUCAAACUGCCUCUUGCCACUAACCAAUCAAAUGUUUCUGUACAAUCAGAAACACCCCAUCUCUAUUUCUAUUUAAUUACAGAGGGUGUAUUAUAUAAUGUAUUAACACUAAUAGAUUAAGUGGUGUUUUAUAAGCACAACAUUCAAGCUAAAUAAUCACACAAAUCGUUCCUGACAUGCAGCAAAGACUACCUGUUGCUUCUUAUCUUGCAGCCCCAUUAAACAGAAUUACAGCCCAUCCAAUGGAGCUUAUCUGGUCCUCGUCUGCUUUGUGUUUAUGCGAUUAGAAAGCAUUAUUCCAAUAUGGAGGAAAGAGGUCGCAAAGCUACUACUGUGCAGACGCGGGCACUCCUACGCCUCCAGUCUCCCUCUGCCGUUCAUUGGUCCAUUCAGCAUCUUCAGCACCACGCAGGCUGAACAGCGACACACAACCGUGCAGCUUCCAUCAACUCAUUGUCUCUCUCGAUUUGAUCGGGAACAACCCGCCGGUGUCGUCUAACUCUGCAAGAGGAAGCUGUUUUUUCCCAUCACAGAUGCUCGGACUCCCAGGUUUUGUUUGUUUCACCGGGUUUCCCUCCCGUCGAGUCGACAGGCAUGACGGACAGUAACGCCGCCGCUCAGGUUAUAGGGAGCAGCAGCAUCUCAUGCACAGUGCCGCAUCAACAAGCCUCGCCGCCCGACCACCGGGUCCCCCUGCCGGCGCCCCGGUGUUCGCCGGUCCCCCGACGCCUGUUGUGACAUGACAGCUCGGGGAAGGAAGAAGAGGAUCAAAGGUUACUGGCAGGGGUUCAAGCAAGAGCGCAGACGGGUCGGAUCCUUGAGGAGAGGGCACACAGAAACAGACAGUGUGCACUGUUUGAGUGGAGAGGAUACAAUCAUACCUGUAUCGAAAAUUCACGUGAUACUUUAUUAAUCCCUGCAGGGUAUUUAUCUUGUGGCUUGCAUCCUCCAGAGAGGUCAGAGCACGAGUUUAGCCACGGAGCAGCGCCCCUGGAGCCGGUUGAUGUGCUCAUACAUCAGCAAGGCACAGGGGCAUUGAACCUGGGUCCACUGGACCCUGCUGUCCCCCAUCGUGUGAUCUCACUGAAGCCUUAUUGAGAUUCUGUUUCGGGCCUACAGUGUGGUAGCACCCACCUUUGCCUUACAGUUUCAUCUGAUGCACGGCCUCAUAGUGUUGAUACUGGUCGAGUCCCAGUCAGCAGUGCCGUUCCCCAGGCCUGGCAGGCUCACCUGGCUGCUCCUGACCCUCACCUUUACCUGCACAGCCAUGGGCUGCAUCCAGAGCAUCGCCUGUAAUAAGUCACGCAUCAAACGGGAGAACAUCGUGGUGUACGACCUGUCCGCCACCAUAGACCACUGCCCGACUGUCAUUGAGGAGAACUCGCCCAUAGUGCUUCGAUACAAGACGCCCUAUUUCAAAGCCUCGGCGCGGAUUGUGAUGCCCCCCAUUCCGCGCAAUGAGACAUGGGUGGUGGGCUGGAUCCAGGCGUGCACCCAGAUGGAAUUUUACAACACCUAUGGAGACGUCGGCAUGUCUAGCUGGGAGCUGCCUCAGCUACGAGAAGGCCUGGUGAGGGCCAUCAGCGACUCAGACGGUGUGAGCUACCCUUGGUAUGGAAACACAACAGAGACUGUCAGCAUAGUGGGCCCCACCUCCAAGCCAUCCCGCUUCAUCGUUAGCAUGAAUGACAAUUUUUACCCAAGCGUCACCUGGGCUGUGCCAGUCAGUGAAUCCAACACGCCCUUACUGACUAACAUCAAAAGAGACCAGAGCUUCACCACUUGGCUGGUGGCGCUCAACACCACGUCCAGAGAAAAGAUCCUGCUCCACACCAUCAAGUGGAGGAUGAGGGUCGAUAUCGCGGUGGAUCCGUGCCUGCCUCUGGGCUCCAGGGCCAGGCUGGUGGGCCGGGUGCACCAGGACCAACCGCGGGUGCUGACACGCAUGGAGCCCAUCCCUCCUAACGCCAUGGGGAGGCCCAACGCCAACGACGCCCAGGUUCUGAUGUGGAGGCCGAGGAGAGGCCCUCCGCUUGUUGUCAUACCACCCAAGUAGAGCGUGUAGAGCAUCUGAUUGGCUUGUUUGUUAUAUCAUAUCAUAGUGGGCCACUUCUACUGGCUAACAGGAUAAUCAGAUGAAAAGACAAAAUAAAAGACAAAAUGAAGAUCUAUAAGCAGGCUGAGACUUGUGUCAAUGGCACAAAUCAAAGUUGCAGUCUUUUGCGUGUAAAAUGUUGAGGGGACAACUGCCUUAAUUCCCCACCACUGCCUUUGACGAUCCAGAAAGUAUUUGGUCUCCACUUCUGGUGCUGUUGAGCUGUUGGGUAUCCAAGCCCUCACUCCAGCCCAGCACAACUGAGCAACGCUAACUUUGAAAAUCCGCCAUUAAUGCUGGGAUGUAACGCAAACCUGUACUGUAGCUACUCAGGCCCAGAGAGAAACACAGACCCUGUUUAAAAAAGGUUCUUCAGCCUUAAUGAUGGCAUAAUACUGUCCUGCUCUGUAAUGUACAGUAAAGUGCUGUGUAAGAGUGUGAGUAAGGGAAGGUGAUAGUGGUGAUGUGUCAUACAACACUGCUGCUGGGUGUAUUCAUUACGGACAGAGAUCACGAUAAUAUCAACUGAAAUGUUACUGGAUGAUGUGCUUUCAGAGAUGUGAGUGUGGGUGUGCAGGCAUGUGUGUUUGUGGUUGUGUGUUUUCUAUAAUGGAGAUCCAGGGUUGGGUCCGGGCUUGCUGCUUUGUCACACCAGACUGCCUCACUCACUCACAAACAAAAACACACACACACAGACAAGUAUAAUCGUCAACUAUUUUGAUUAAUUAGUAAUUUUUCAUGCAAAAAUAUCAGAAAAUGCUGUUUUCAGCCUAUUUUCUGACAUUUCAUACACACACACACACACACACACACACACACACACACACACACACACACACACACACACACGGGGCCUCAUUAGUGAUAAUGCUACGGGAUUUAAAAACAAACGAUUGUCAACAUACAUGCAUCCUCAGAGCUACUUUUCUUUUUACAUGUCACAGAAAAUGUAGAAAUCACAGCUUUUGGAUUUCAUGAUAUGCACAUGAUUUGUGCAUUGAGAAGAAUCUUAAAUGAAGCCCUGCAGCAGGAUAUUUUGUUUUUGAAUCACAAAUGGCCAGUUCAUCCAAGCUGCAGAGCUUCCCCCUCCCUGCCUUUUGAAAGCCAGUGAUGCCUGUGUUGAUGACAGCCUUCUACAGUAAAAACACAACAUUGUCUUUCCCAUGUCCCAGCUAAUCAGAUUUACAGGGUGAAGAAUCAAGGUUACUUUAUUUUACGAGUAAUAAAAUGAGUGGCUGCAAGAGGACAAACAGAGCUACUCCGUCUUUAUCCAGUUAGUAUAUCUUGUUUAAGAGCAAAGAUUGUAGUAAACUGUAUUUACACUAGAAGACUUAAAGUAUCGGUUCACCUAAAUUACAAAGGAUCCAUAGAGAUUUCAUUCGUCCAAGUUUUUAAAUAUCUGUCAGUGAGAUUUGUGCCUCCUAACCAAAGCAAUUAAGGUGAAUGAAGUGAUCACAGCUUUGAAAACAAGAUUAAAAGUCUACAGCCAUGCUAGCAGCUCUGUGUAGUUAAAUGCUAACAUGCUCACAAUGACAAAGGCUAACGUUUAGCUUAGCGUGUUAGCUAGAAACAAUAGCUAAUUAGCACCAAGUACAGCUGAGUGUAAUGGGAAUCUGCCUUUUUGCAGGCACUUGGUGUUAAACUAAAGUUUAAAACAAAUAAAAAUUUGUUGACAGUCACUGUGACCCAUUAAAUUGGGGGGCAGGUACCGUUAGCAAAACGCAAAAUAGCUAACGCUAUCACUAGCUAACGCUAUCACUAGCUAACGCUAUCACUAGCUAACGCUAUCACUAGCUAGAUUAGCAUGGUGCAUUCAUGAUUCACAUUAACUGUGAUAUUGAGAUGUUAACAUUGGCAAGUGAAAAAUGGGCUUGUUUUUAAUGUAACUUACUUACCAGAAAAAAUAAAGAAAUUAUGACCAAUAUUUGCAUGAAAAAUCCACAAACACGGCCGAGAGGUCAAGUUCAAUGCUUUGAGUUAGCUGACGGCUAGCAGCUAGUGGCUGAUGGCACCACGACCAAAAGUGUUUUUAGAGGAAAUGCAGUUUUUGUCUCUUCCACAUUGGCUUUAUUUAUAGGAAGUAUUUCUUCAGUGGAAAGUAUUGUUGAUUUGUCAAAGCUUUGGACACACGUGGCAUCCCAUUCACUUCCAUAUAUUGGGUGGAGGCAGAAAUCUCAGUGACAAGACAUCUGAAAACCUUCAAAAAUAAAAAACAGAAGGUUUCUACAUGGCUAGAUAAUGACAGAAGUAAGACAUUUAUUGUUUUUUGUAAAUUGGGUGAAGUGACCCUUUAU